AUGUCUCUAGAAGAAGCAUUGAAACCAGUUGAUCAUCUUAUGGAGAAUCUGUUAAGACAUGUAGCUGAUGCCAAACGGCAUUGUGCAAAGGAUCAAGAUGGAUUAACACAAGAUGAAUCGGCUUCUAUUAGGAUCUUCAGUAUGGAAGGGGGAGAAACUUCUCUUUAUAAGAUAUUCAAUGAUACACUACGUUCAGAAAAUAGAGAUAAAAUAAAACCAUGGUUUCCAUAUUUAAAAUUAUUCAUGACAGCGCUGCAUAUAUUGCCAUCAUUUCAAGGAGUAGUUUGGCGUGGUGUUCUAAGAGAUCUUAGUAAGGAAUAUACCAAAGGCCAACUUCAUGCCUGGUGGGUCGUGUCAUCCACAACUCGUGAUGCAUCAAUAUUACAAAGUUUUAUGGGUCAGUCUGGCAAUCGUACAUUGUUUACAAUUGAAUGUAGAAAUGGAAAAUCCAUCAAAAAUCAUUCUACGUAUCCUGAGGAAGAAGUAUUAUUAAUGCCAGGAUUUUACUUUGAAAUUACGAGUGUAUUCGAAGCGACACCUGGUAUGGAUAUAAUUGCUCUAAAAGAAAUCGAUUCACCAUGGUGA